GGAGUAUCUUAAAUGUGUCCAAUCACUAUUUACACACCGCAUGACGUAGGUAUAUGCCAAGACUCCCAGGCUACCUAGGUAGGUUGCUCUUAGCUUCAUCCUUUUUCCUACAAAAAGGGAAAGGGUCAGGCAUUAGGACAAAUGGCAAGCCCGAUUGUAAGUACCGUAUCCAACCCAGUACAUCACCUAUAAUGUACUUUGCUACACAACGCAUACCCAAACCUCUAGUCCAUCUCCCAAAUAUUAUUCACCGACUGGUCAUGAAAGGAAAAAAAUAAGGGACCUAAUGACUUAUCAGAUGGAUUCAUACUAGACUAAAGUCGCUAGGACCGGCAGAGUGAAAAAUACGAAAG